AGUUAGAAAGAGUUAAAGAGUCUUGAGUCUUGUAAUUCUUUGAGUGUUUUAAUAAAAUCUCCCUCUUGUAUAUAAUUUCCUUCCUACUUCCUUCAUAUUGUCUUAGUCUAUACUUCUGAUCCUAAAUACCUUCUUCCUCUUCAGCUCCGAUCCUAGUUGAUAAUUUUUUUUUUUGAAAAAUAUAAAAUUUAUGUAUCCAAAGUGUAAAAUUAUACUAGUUUACCAAUCCAAAAAAAAUUAUGUUUUAAAUUUCUUUGGCUUUGCCAUGUAGCUUUUUGUUGUUAUUCAAUAUGUCUUCACAUGCAUAUACUACACACAAGAGAUGCACCGAAGAAAUAUAUAUAACUCAUCUCAUUAAAGAGUUUCUUUUUAGAAGAAAAGCAAAUGAGGGAAGAAACAAAUAAAAAGUAUAAUAUAUCAUUCUUAUUCUCUGGUGGUAUAUACACAUGUACGGCAGAGUAUAUACAUGAACACUUUUGAAUCAUAAAUCUUACGAAUUACGAUACUUGUAUAGAGUUGCACCAAAAUCCAAUGUUUGUUGACUUCAUGAUAUGGAAGCAGAACCAGAUAAUGCAAUCAGGUUCUAGGUACUUAGUGAAAUCCGUAGGAGAAUGUUAAAAAAAAAAAAAAAAAAAAACUUGUGAGAAGAAACCAAUGCUAGCAUUAACUAAUAUAAUGGAUAGCCGUCACAGAUAGGGAGAAUAUACAGUACAAAGUCUUCAAAAAAUAGAUUCAAGCGGUUAGGUUUAAUUAACUCAUUAUUCUCCCCAUAUUUCAAAAGAAGUGAAAUCCCAUAGCUAUGGAUUUUUAGUUAAUGGAUUUUAAGUUUGUAAAAUCAUUUGUUAAAAUGUCAAAGAAAUUUGACAAAUGUUUAUAUUCACAGAUCUAAUGGAUAGUCGUCAUGAAUAAACUCUCUGAUCAUUCAUUCAAAAAAAAAAAAGGUUGAAGAACGCAAUCCAUCGGCUAUAGCAAUGCUCCCAAUAAGUUUUAGGUUGUUGGAAUCUUGACCUCCUCUUUCACUUAGGGUCAGAUUCACUCUUCUCUCUACUUCUCUCUUAUACUUUGUUUUGUUAAUCACAAAGCUUUUAGAACACUUAUAGAGAGAUUUUCUUUGGAUGUCUACAUUGUUUCUCUCUUUACAUCUCUUGGAGAUUAGGUUUAGCCACUUUAACCUUUUUUUUUUUUUGUCAACGCCACUUUAACCUUUUUCUCCUUAAUCUCUAAUUGUUCUUCUCUUACAAACAUUACAACAUAUUUAUACUAGUGUCUUAUCAUUAACCUAACAACUUUCUACUAAACAAAACAAACCCAUUUCUAUUUGGGCUUUACUUGUUUUCUAGCCCAAUGGCCUCUUAAUCCAAUUGUGACCAAUGGCCACUUCACGACACUUCGUCUUCUUCUUCUUCUCCAUCUUCUCUUCUUUGCUCCAUUGAAGCUUCUUCUAUUAUGCUCUUCUUCUUUAUCGGGUGUGACUGGUAGGUGUUUUUAGAAGAAAAGAAAAAUGUAUAAAUUUUAUUCUUCUGAAUUCAUCUGUGUUUUCACCCGUCAGAAAAAAAGAAGAAGAAUUACUUUUCUACGGAAAAGUGAAAAAGCAGAGUAAAGUAGAAGAUUUUAUCCCUCUACAAAAUAGCUAAAGUAACGUUUUCUUCUGAAGUGCCAUUUUCUUCUCUCUUCAUUUCUUCUUUAAAAUUCUACUCAUUUCUUCUAUAGUUUUCACUAGUCAGACCCAUCAUCUUCUCACCUUUCUCCUCAGGUUUCUCUUAUAUAGGAUUAAGCAAUUAAUCAACUUCCAACAGAUCAGCUAUAUCUACCAUCUUUUGAAAAACUUUGCUUUGAACUUCGUUUCAUAUCCAGUAGUAACUAGCACUUUCAUAUUAUUAUUAUUUGUUAGAAAAAAUCUCUGAGUUGAUGAUAGCAUUAAGUGACACACACACAUGCAUGACACAAAUAAACAUGCAGCAGCGUAACGGUAGUUAUUAAUGGUUGCCAUAAAUGUCAACAAACUCAAUUAUUACUUCAUUUAUUCAUAUAUAUAUGGGAUAGAUAUAUGCAUAAGAUCUAGUCAGCUACCAUCUGUAUUCUUCCACCAAUUUUUUUUUUAGUAUUUUAAACCAUAAUCAUAAAGCAAAAGAGCCUCAAAAUUCUCAGAAUCAAGAAAUGGAUUCAGACUCUGUUCGUCGUUCUGUUUCUGUUCAGCUCCCGGUUAUCGAUUUCUCGAACCAAACCCUAAAACCAGGAAGCUCAAAGUGGGAUGAAGUGAAGGCUGAUGUCCGAAAAGCUCUAGAAGACUACGGGUGUUUCGAAGCUUCCUUUGACAAAGUGUCAGUGGAGCUUAAGAAGUCUGUUUUUGAAGCUAUGGAAGAGCUUUUCGAGUUGCCGAUUCAGACCAAACAGAGAAACGUGUCUUCAAAACCCUUCCAUGGAUAUCUUUGUCAUAAUCUUUACCAGAGUUUGGGGAUCGAUGAUGCUAAUGUUUUGGAGAAAGUCGAUGACUUUACUCAACAGUUAUGGCCUGAUCAUGGGAACAAGAGUAUUAGUGAGACGAUACAUCGGGUUUCGGAGCAAUUAGUGGAAUUGGAUGUGAUGGUGAGAAGAAUGAUAAUGGAGAGCUUUGGGAUAGAAAAAUACAUUGAUGAAUAUCUGAAUUCUACAAAUUACCUUAUGCGAUUUAUGAAGUAUACAUCACCUCCUGAUGAUGAUGAUGAGGAAACUAAGUUAGGUUUACGCUCUCAUACCGAUAAAAACAUCAUCACGAUCCUUCAUCAGUAUCAAGUUGAUGGUUUGGAAGUGAAGACUAAAGACGAUAAAUGGAUCAAAGUGAAACCAUCUCAAGAUUCUGUCCUUAUUAUGGUUGGAGAUUCUCUAUCCGCACUUUUGAAUGGUCGAUUGCCUUCUCCGUAUCACCGAGUCAUAAUGAUGGGAAAAAAGACAAGGUAUUCGACUGGACUGUUUUCAAUUCCAAAAACAGGAGUUAUCAUAGAUUCACCAGAAGAACUUGUCGACGAAGAGCAUCCACGUAUAUUCAAUCCCUUUGAGUAUAAAGAUUUUCUUCACUUCUUUCACACAGAAGCUGGACGUAGAGCACAAUCAGCUCUCCAUGCUUUCGCUGCCCUCUGAACCACUAGACUUGAAUCAGAAUUUUGUAUGAAUGUGUAUAUUCGUGUCUUUUGUGUUGUAGUUCUAACAAUCCAAAAAACAAAUUUAUGUUCUAAAUUUAUGCAAUAUGUUUCCACA